AUAUUAUCAAACAAAUUCAUAUUAAUGGAACAAAACCAAGAUACUAAUGAUAUGCAUCCUGAUGACAAAAAAAUGAUUAUUGACUCUGUAGAUGAUACAGUUAGAGAAAUUUACAAUGAGUUCAAGACUAAAGACUCUAAGGCUGUCUCUAAGGAUCCUAUGGACCAUAAGAUCCAGCUUAGACCCCUAAUAGAGAAGCUAACCGCUACUCUAGACAACCCUGAGAUCACCGAAGAGGUGCUCCAACGUCAGCUUGAAGACUUUGGAAUUAGAAAUAAAGGUAAAAGAGCAAAGCUUAAAAAUGUCAUCUUAAGAAAAACCCAAGUAUUUAACCUCAACACUCGAUUUCCAUACUUCACAAAGGAGCAAGGAGACUAUUUUGACUAUGCUGUAAAUCAUGAGGACAUCAAACAAGAAGGGAACCAAACCACUAAUGUCAACUCUAGUAACCAGUUGAUCAGAGAGUUAUCCAAUGGAGAAACUGAUCACAAGCUAGAGAAGCUGCAGAAAUGGCUCGAGGCUAAGUUCAAGGACGAGCUCACCAAUGAUCCCAUCUUCUUCAACGAAUGGGAGUUUGAUCAUGCUAUGAAGGACUUUUGCGUUAACCCUAAACCUAAAAAUGCGGGGCAAGUUCAAACCAAGAAAGCGACCCCAUGCACUUUCUCAAGAGAAGAUCUCAAGGAAGAAGCUAAGAUAAAGAUUGAGCAAGAAGACUUCUACCACUCCAAUAUUUCAGUUGAGAAUUAUAAAGGCUCUGAAAAAGUCGGUCUUUCUGAGAUCCCAAUGACUGAAGGAGCAAGAGCUUACAAAUCUAAUUGGAAGCGUUCCGAUUUGGUCGAAAAGCGAGUAAUCCGGGGACUUUGCGAUGUAGCUAAGGACUUUUUUAAUGAUGUUGUUCGCUCUGCCAAAGCAACCAACAAUGAGAAGAAGCUUAAAGUCUGGAUUAACCUUGUUGGAUCAUGUUUCCCGGAGUUAUAUAAAACGUCAAAGUUAAAGAUUCUUGGACAGAUCUGUGUGAACUGCAUGGGAUGGAAAUUCACAGAAAAAAUAAACUCUUUCAAAAUCUUUAAUACAUCUGAAAGAAAGAAGCUGAUCAAGUAUGGUAAAGAGUUCAGAACCCAAAGAAAUAGCUCUAAGGUCAAGGAAAGGAAGAUUCUCCUCAAUCAUCCCAUUAUAAAAAUUGGAAAGCUUUUGUAUGAAAGCUCUUUAGACUAUAAGAAUGCUUUUUGGAAGCACAUCAACAAUCACAAAAAGACGGAGAUCAAUGACACGAAGGCAUUCAAAGAGCUACACGCCAGGGUCAUCACAAAGGUCAGCUUUCUGGAUUGUCAGGGCGACCUUUUCUCUUUUAAUUUAUCUUAAUUGAUUUUAAUAAUAACACUUGCACAAACCUACUAAAAGUUCUGGAAAUUUUG